AAUACUUCAGUAGCACUCGCUCUGUCUCUCUCCAGUUCAAAAGGUAAAAUGUUGGUAUUUACGCUGUUCCUUGGUGUGUUUUUAGGUGGCUUUGCUCCCUGGUAGCUUUGUCGGUGAAGUAGGAGUAACCUCAGCAGACCUAGGCUGGACCAAGACCUCGGGGCAGUCACGUAGAACAACGUGCUGCAGCCUGAGCCCAACAGGAAGGAAAGAGAAAUACAUCAGUUAUUCUAACAAGAAGAAAAGCUGACUUCCUUAUCUCCAGAACUUACUCCCCUGGCCUCUUCUUGUAGCAGAGGAAAAGAGCCUGGGAACCUUGGGGCACUAAGAUCUGCUAAUUUCGUCUGUGCAUCUGGAAACUGAAGGCCAGAAAGGAAGGAGCUUGGGCACUCUGGCAGUAGGCUGGGGUUAGAGCCCGAAGUCCGUGUUGCUUUGCAGUUCUCCCACGGUCUAGAUAGGAAAGCUUUUUGAGCAUGGAUUUGUGAAGACUUGACAGAGGCCAAGAGCAUCCCUUUUCAGAGCUCAGCGAUUUCUUACUUUUCAUGCAAUCUCUGUAAUUUGGGAAUUGAACAGGAUGGACUUCUAAUUAUCAUUACGGCUGACUCAAAAACAUUUGAAGUGGUAGGUUAGCUCCUAUGAGUCAUUAGAAGUCGUCUUAUUGCUAUUUGUAGGUUCUCAGAUUGGGCAUUACUUCUGCUUUGCAGAAAUUAUCUGCUUGUAGCAAUGCAUAAUUUCUAACAAUCUCUGGCAAAACCUCAGAAAACAAGAUAUGCUUUUGUCUUAACUGGGUGUCAGAUGCCACAGUGAAACCCUGUGAGAACUCUCACCAGCUGGACGCUCUGCAAACCAUGACUCCAACAGGAGGACGGCGUCUUGGGGUUGUCUUCUCCCGAGGAGUAUGACACAGUUAAAAAGGAAAAGGAAAAAAAAAAAAGGACCCACAACCAAAACACAAUUGCCAAUGAAAUAGGAGAGGGAGCUCUUUAAAAACAACUCGAGGUUGCUUCUGGGCUGACUGAAGUGCAAACGACGGGCAAGGAGCAUUGGUCAGAUAACGUGAAACUCCUUGAACUUUGGGUCUAAGAAAAGGAAACAAAAUGACCCAAGAAGUAAAUCUGAAUUCCCUCAAGGAAUUAGAACGGGAGGUGAUUCUCCAGGUUCUGUACCGAGAUCAGGCGGUUCAAAACAUAGAAGAGGAAAGGAUACGGAGACUGAAAACGCACCUGCAGCAUCUUCGGUGGAAGGGGGCGAAGAGCGCAAGCCGGGAGUACAGAGAGAAGUCCUGCGCGCGUUGCCAGAGGGCGCUGGGGCUCCUGCUGAACCGGGGCGCCGUGUGCCAGGGCUGCAGCCACCGCGUGUGCUCCGAGUGCCGCGUGUCCCCGAGGAAGAUCCGCGCCUGGAAGUGCACCGUGUGCUUCGAGGACAGAAAUGUGAAAAUAAAAACUGGGGAAUGGUUCUUUGAGGAACGAGCCAAGAAAUUUCCAGCUGAAGGCAAACAUGAGACAGCUGGGGCAAAGCUCUUGCAAUCUUAUCAAGAAUUGAGCAAAAUUUCUGUGGUUCCUCCUACCCCACCUCCUCUCAGCGAAAACCAGUGCAGUGGCAAGACUGCGUUACAAGAACUUGGUCAGUUUAAAGGAUUUAAUAAGUCGGUGGAAAAUUUGUUUCUGUCUGUUACCACCCACAUGAAAAAACUCUCCAAGUCCCAGAAUGACAUGGCUUCUGACGAAUGCCUCCUAGCCACGGGCCCCGGGCAGGGUGUGGGUCGGACGGAGAGAAGGAGCCGAUCUGACACCGCCAUCAACGUCACCACCAGGAAGGCCAGCACACCAGAUAUUCGGAAACCUCUAAAUCAGGAGGAUCCCAAACACUCCACUAACCCUAUUUUGAAGCAAGAGGAUAGCUCAUCCAACCCAACGCCCAGUACUUUAUUUUCUGGUGGCUCGAGACAUGGAAGUUUAAUUAGCAUUAACAGCACCUGUACAGAGAUGGGCAAUUUUGACAAUGUUAACGUCACUGGAGAAAUUGAAUUUGCCAUUCGUUAUUGCUUCAAAACCCAUUCUUUAGAAAUAUGCAUCAAGGCUUGUAAGAACCUUGCCUAUGGAGAGGAAAAGAAGAAAAAGUGCAAUCCGUACGUGAAGAUCUACCUGCUGCCUGACAGAUCCUCCCAGGGGAAACGCAAGACUGGAGUCCAGAAGAACACAGUGGACCCGACCUUCCAGGAGACAGUGAAGUAUCAGGUGGAACCCGCCCAGCUGGGGGCCCGGCAGCUGCAGGUCUCCGUGUGGCACCUAGGCCUGCUUACCCGGAGGGUGUUUCUUGGAGAAGUUUUCAUUCCUCUGGCUACAUGGAACUUCGAAGACAGCGAGACACAGACCUUUCGCUGGUACCCGCUCCGUGCCAAGGCAGAGAAAUACGGAGACAGUGUUCCUCAGAAUAAUGGAGAGCUUGCAGUCCGUGCCAAGCUGGUCCUGCCCACAGGCCCCAGAAAGUUCCAGGAGGUGCCAGAAGGGACAGGUCAGCCAUCACGCAACGGUCAACUCUGUCUGGUAGUGCUGGGAGCCAAGAAUUUACCUGUGAGGUCAGAUGGGACCUUGAACUCAUUUGUUAAGGGCUGUCUCACUCUGCCAGACCAACAAAAAUUAAGGCUGAAGUCUCCAGUCCUAAAGAAGCAAGCCUGUCCCCAGUGGAAGCACUCCUUUGUUUUUAAUGGCGUAACCACUUCUCAGCUGAAGCAAUCUAGCUUAGAAUUGACGGUGUGGGACCAGGCCAUUUUUGGUGUGAACGACCGCUUGUUGGGUGGAGCCAAACUUAGUUCAAAGGAAGAUCCAGUUGGUGGCUCUGAUGCAUGCUCACAAGCAAAGCUUCAGUGGCAAAAAGUGCUUUCCAACCCCAAUUUAUGGACAGACAUAACACUCACCCUACACUGAGUAAAGGCUUUGAAGUCCCAGUCUGCAAGGGGUGUUGGGUGUGUGGCAUAUCUGUAGCUGAAGGACCAGGCUGGCAAGUCACAGCUGGGAAAGUGGCUGUCUGUCUCCUUCUACAUAUGUGAAAAGUUUCUAC